UGCUUUUACACGUAUUAGCAACAAUCACCAUAUGGACCGCAAUUAAAAACAUACGAAAGGAAUUUACAAGCGUUGGUUUUUUCUUUGUUUUAAGUUAAAAUGAAGUCGUGUGCUCAAACAGCGCUUCAACUUGGAUUCAUCGUUCUGUUAUGCGGCUUUCUAGCAGUAUGGCAGCGUACGAACAACGACUGGGAUUUCAUUGUUUACACGCAGCAAUGGCCGCAAGCUUCGUGUGUCGACAUAAAUGAGACAAGGCAUGAAAAAUGUUUCUUACCAAGUAAUGUAAAGACUUGGACUAUUCAUGGCAUUUGGCCAAGCAGGGAGCAAAAUAAAGGUCCUUUCUACUGCAAUGAUUCUUGGCCUUUCAGGGAAUCUGCAAUCUUGGACCUGGAACCUCAGCUUGUAAGCAAGUGGCCAAACCUAAUACACGGUGAAGGAAAAACAAGCUUUUGGAAGCAUGAAUGGGUGAAGCAUGGAACUUGUGCAGCUUUAUUGCCAGAUCUGGAUUCUGAACAUAAAUAUUUUGCUAAAGGUUUGGACCUCAACAAAAGAUUCAACUACAUGAAAGUGUUGGCAGAUAAGAACAUUACUCCAUCACGAGACACGCUUUAUAAACUGACGGAUAUCCGUAACGCAAUUGAAGGUUUCACUAACUCUUACACCAUUAUCCAAUGCAUUGUUGCUAAAGAUGAAUCAAAGCAAGCAAUAGUACAGGUUGAAGUAUGUCUUAACAAAGACUUCACAACCAGAGAUUGCGUCAAUUACGACAAUAAAUUCAUGUUGUUGCCAUCAUGGGACAGAAUCCCAUACAACCCAUCAUUUGAGGCAUGUGUAGAUGAUAGACCAACACAAUAUCUUCCAUUUACUUAUUCCCCUCCUCCAGAUGAUCUUUAAGGGUGUCUUCUUUCCAAAGUCUUCUACUUUUUAUUAUGCGCUUUGAGAUUCUACUAAACCAGUGGUUCCCAUACUAUUUUUGCCCGCUUUUUUAAAACUAAAUAUCAUAAACAUUUUUAAGUAAUUCUGACACAUUUAUAUCUGUUUAAACUUGAAACUGAAAAUCAUAUUGCCGAUCGCUACUUUUCAGUUGAUAUAAAAUUAUUCAGUGUACCAUGGCACACAGUUUGGGGACUGGUGUAUUUACCAAUAACUUAAAGUAGAAACGGCGCCACUAUACACACAUUGUUUCCUGGUAUUUGCCACAACUUUUUCGUCUGAAUAUGCUUGUGCGAAUUGCUAUGCACCGUCUAUCUUUUUCUGUUUAUCUACACUCUACAGGUCUACACCCACCCUGCCACCUAUGUUAUAUCUGUUACAGAAUGCACUUUAUUUCCUGCUAUUGUGCUUGUACAGACAGAGGGGGAAACUUUCAAAAGCUACAGCAGUUUCGUGUGUGAUUUACUAAUUGUUAAGCCUUUUUUUGUUUUUUAAGUCAAAUUUGUUUUUUGUUAUAAUUAGGUUACGGAAGAAAUUCUGGUUUGUAUUAGUGGGGGCUUGUUCUGUUGAAUAUGUAACAAACGAGACAUUUCAGUGUUUAUAGAACUUUAACUCGUACUUUGUUUACUACGCUUGCCGAUUGUGUCAUAAAAAUAUUACGUACUAUUUUGUGCGCGCUAUUCUGUGAUGGUACCAGUUUAGUCACAAAACAUUACGAACAAUUUUGUGUGCUACUCUGCAGUAGUAUAUAUGAAUAUUAUUGAUUUGCUCUGUUUAAAACGCACGUGUUACAUAUUUUCAGUGACGCUGUUACUAUACGUUAUUUAUUCGGAUAUCAUCAGUUAGUAACACGGAGAGAUGAGGUGUCUCCACACAAAUAAAUAAAAGAACACAAAACGGC